CUCUAGUCCCCCGCUCCAGACUAGGCCAUGAAGCUCAGCGCCAUCCUUCUCGCCACGGCCGGCCUCGCGUCCACGUCGGCCACCAGCUCCAGCGCCGGCACUGCGUCUACCGCUUCCACGGCCGGGGCCAGCACGGCCUCGUCCUCUGCUGGUGCUUCCACGACGGUGGCCAGCUCCACUUCGGGCACGGCCUCCUCGGGCAAUGCGGUCACGUCGACAGGCUCCAUGGACGACGUCUUCUCGAGCCUCAAGACGCUCACGUACCCGUCGGACUCGUACCACAUGCCCCCGGUGCGCGCCGUGCACGCUCGUGUUCAGAGCGACGCCCCUAUCCUCGUCGACGGUGUGUUUGUCUCGAGCUUCGGCGGCGGCGAACUCGAGGCCGGCUACCUGAGCGCCAUGGACACGGUCAACACGGCGUCCGUUGAGGGCGCGCUCAUGUACGUGCAGGCCGAGGGCAUCAACGUCAACGUGCGCGCGGACGAGGAGCGCUGCGAGCGUAAGUCGGGCAUGGCCAACAUCGUCUUCUACGAGGUCAUUAUCGCGCAGACCAACGAGACGCUUGCCCAGUUCCAGGACUCGUGGGGCAAGACGCCCGAGUACGGGCCCAUGCUGCCCAUGGACAGCGGCCGCUGCACGCCCCUCUCGGGCGACGACGACUUCCCCGCCGGCUGCCUGCAGUUCAACGGCGACGACGACCAGCCCAACGUCGGCCCGUUCGUGGGCGGCGGCAUCAAGGACGACGACGUGCGCGCGCCCUACCCGGACAACUACUGGUUCUCCUUCCCGAGCACGUGUCCGCUGGAAGGCUGGGGCGACAAGACGGACGAAUGCCGCAAUAGCACGCGCAAGGGCCUGUGCGCCUACGGCCAGGGCCCCGACGGCGUGGACUGCACCUUCGCCUACAACAUCCUCGGCUGGGUGACCAUCGACGACAUCGUGGGCAUUACGGCCAUUGAGAACCCUGACACCGGAUCCACGUACGCCAACUUCACCGAGUGGUGCAACGCCGACUCGAACAACACCGAGUUCGCCGCGGACGCCGAGAGCGGUGAGAUGGAGACCGGUCUGCCCUUCUGGGAGGACCCGCUCAACUCGACGGCCAACGCUGCGCGCGCUGAGGCCGUGGUGGCCAAGUACGAGGAGAUGCUCAAGUCGGGCUCGACGCAGAUCGAGGACUCGCUGAUCCAGGCCUUCAAGACGCUGCCCACCCCCGAGGAGCUCGCUGCUGCCAACCCGCCUUGCUUCAUGACGGUGGAGGCCUGCGGCUCUGGCAACGGAUGCAAGCGCGUUGGCUACUCGCAGCUGUGCACUGAGUGCGAGGCGGACGAGGGCUGCGAGACUGGCGGCAGCGGAUUCGAGUACCCGACGCUUGAGAAGGCCUUCACCACGCUGUCGGACAACGAGACCACGACCAACUUGGGCGGCUCGGGCAACAGCACCUCCGCCGCGUCUGGCUCGUCGGCCAGCUCCAACACCACAAAUGCCGCCUCGCCCCUGACCUUCACGACUGCAUCCGUCGCAGUCGGACUUUUGACCGCUGUGCUGGCCCUGUAGAGCUGAUUAGAAAGAUGAUGAUCAGAGCGAUCGAGAGGAGCCUGGACUCGAUCGAUGUCCAU